AUGGGACCUGCAUUCAUUUACAUUUCAGAUAGAAUGGCAGAGAUUAUGAAGAAAGAAUUAGAUGUCAAGGAGUUUGAGACGACAUCCACUGUAGAGGAUACAUGUUUCAUUAAUAUAUCUGAAGAUAAAAUAAAAAUGGAAAAUAUAGAAGUACAAGAAGAAACCUUAUAUUCUGACUUGGAUCCUCUUCAAUCUGAAUCAAAAAGAAUAAGGAAGAGUCAACACAGAUAUUCAUGUUCUCAAUGCGAAUAUUUUGCAUCAACAACAAGUAAUCUGAAGUCCCAUGUAGAAAGUAAACACAAAGGAGUGAUCUAUCCUUGUCCUGAAUGUGAGUAUGUAGCAGCUACAGCAGGUGCUCUCAAAAUUCAUCUAGAAAAUGCAGCAAGUUACCUGAAUAAAAAUGUUAAAAAUAAACAUGAAGGAGUAAGAUAUCCGUGUUCUCAAUGUGACUAUGUUGCAACUAGAGCACAUCAUCUGAAGAGACAUGUUGAAAGUAAACAUAAAGGAGUAAGAUAUUUUUGUCCUCAAUGUGAGCAUGCUGCAACUACACCAAGUGAUCUAACGCGGCAUGUUAGAAAUAAACAUGAAGGAGUGAGAUAUUCAUGUUCUCAGUGUGAUAAUGUUGCAUCUCAAGCAGGUGCUCUUAAGAUUCAUGUUGAAAGUAUACACGAAGGAGUAAGAUAUCCAUGUUCGCAAUGUGGGUAUGUCGCAACUACAGCAGGUUCUCUGAAGAAACAUGUUGAAAGUAAACAUGAAGGAGUGAGAUAUCCUUGCCCUCAAUGUGAGUAUGCCGCAACUACAACAGGUGAUCUAAAAAUUCAUGUUGAAAGUAAACAUGAAGGAGUGAGAUAUCCAUGUACGCAAUGUGAUUAUGUUGCAACUCGAGCAAGUUAUCUGAAGAGACAUGUUGAAAGUAAACAUAAAGGAGUAAGAUAUCCAUGUUCGCAAUGUGAAUAUGCCGCAACUCGAGCAACUCAGCUGAAGAAACAUGUUGAAAGUAAACAUAAAGGAGUAAGAUAUCUUUGUCCUCAAUGUGAGUAUGCCGCAACUACAGCAGCUGCUCUGAAAUAUCAUGAUGAAAGUAUACACAAAGGUGUGAGAUAUCCAUGUUUGCAAUGUGAAUAUGUGGCAAUUAUAGCAAGUCAUCUAAAGAGACAUGUUGAAAGUAUACACGAAGGAGUGAGAUAUCCUUGUUCUCAAUGCAACUAUACUGCUACUCGAGCAUAUUAUCUAAAGAAACAUGUUGAAAGUAAUCAUGAAUGAGUGAUGUAUCUUCACACUGAAUGUGAGUAAGCUGCAAGUUCAGCAGGUGAUCUGAAGAUUUAUGUCGAAAAAGUGAGCCAAACUUGUAGUUGGAUGACAACAUUUUAUGUCCCAAGUAUUUUAGAAUAAUAUUGCGUGGCCCUUCUAAUCUGUUUGUACUGAGAGUACUGAGUGUACAGUACUGAAUUCAAUGAACUUCAUUUGUUUACAAUCUUUAUUCUGCGAAGGUGAAAUUACAAAACACAAACCAAAUAAUUCCGUAUGGCCCAACUAGUCGUAUUUAUUCUAUCUGUUCUACUUAGGUAUUUAUUUACAUUAGCGUUUUGGUGCCCUAAAAGGGUCAAUAACUACUAACCAGGUCCCCCCUAAGAUUUUUCAUUUUUUUCGUUAUAAAUGUGUGCACAGUAACAAACUAGCUUUUUGCCAUUUAGGUAAAAAUUGAUAUUUUUUUCCGAAAAGAAUCUAAUCCCUCUUUUCCAUUCCCUUCCUCUUUUCUGUUUCCUCUUUCUCUUUCUUUCUUUUUCCUUAUUUUCUUUAUUUUUUCCUUCAAACCCCUUAAACAGCACAUAUUUGUGAAGGGCAAAAUGAAAAAUAAACACCCUGUGUUUUUUAUCUGAAAAUUUAAUUUUUUUACGAUUGAUUUGCUUGGUU